CCGCCGCCGCUGCUGCCUGGAAUGGAGGUGGCUUCAGCUUUAUGCCCUAAACGUCACGGCCAAUAUUGUCGAUCAAGCUUCGAAUUUGACGCCCCUGCAGGAGCCGACGGCACGGCAUCAGGCCCCACGUACCUUUCUUCGCUGUUUGGAGACGUUUUUGAAGCAAGACACCAUUACACGGUCGGUAGUGAUGGAAGCAACAGCAGGAGAUGCAGCACCCGAGGAGAUCUCAGGGCGGAUGCGAUCGUUGCCGAGAUUGCUUAUUUUCUGGAGUUGAUGGAACGAGACGAGUAUCCUUACAAAUCACAUUCACGCAAAAUCAAUCCCACGUUGAACGAAGCAGUUAAUCAGCUCAUCACUUCUUGCAACACCAUGGCGUCGACUGCCACCUCAGCAUGUCUUCCACCCGACCACGUAAUCCGGCUUAUCGCUGUGCAGCUACUUGCUUCUUGCUAUACGCUCCUCCCGGCUACUAGUUCGCACAGCUUUCCCCUAAUCAGGCAAAGAAAGACCCCUCGAGUAAUCACUGCUCUGCGGCUCCAUACGUAUUUUCGUUAUUCCCCCGCCGCGGGCUAUCACGCUCGUGACCCUUCUGAGACAACUCCGUGGCCCGGCCUUUACAGAGGAUCAUUUAUAGGCGAGGAGGUUUUUGAUACGACGACGGGAUACACGAAGCAGGACUCUGCGAAUCAGAAGACGGACUUGAAGCAUGAAUAUCACACGGGAGCCUGGAACGAUGGCUCUGCAGAGGAACGUCAGGGCCGUAAUAGGUCAUUGCCAUCAAGCCCUACCUCACGCGCAGGCAAAGAACUGGGACUCAACUGGAGACUCAUCUGUCAAACUUUAGCAUUGCGAGGCCCGAAUCGAAAAGCACGCCCAUCAAAACAGCAUCCAGUCAAAAACCACAAGAAAUUGUUCUUUUUCAACCGAUCUGGUGGACGGACAAGAAAGCCUACGGACGAGAUACACACAACAAAUACCCCACCGGCUCGUCCGAAGCCUGGUCCUAUUCGAAUGCCAUCCGUCGAUGAUGCAUACAGAAUUCCGUCUAAGCAUCGUCUGCGCAGAACACACUCUGCUCCUCGGACUCCUGCCUUUGAUGAGCCACUUGAUGUCUCGCCUCUAUAUAGUCAGCGGAAUAGCUCCACUCCUACUUUAGGAUCCUUCAUGCCAUACCAUUUUGAGGUCCCGGAAAUUCGUCGAAUAUCAGCUUCUACAACAGCAGGGAGUUUGAGGUCAGUGAUUAUGACCAGGAGACCAGAUCUACUUCACGUCGAGGGAUAUUUUCCUAAACUCCCCUCUAAGUCUUUUGAUUCAACCCGGCUGUACCCGUUCGAGGAAGUACCAUCCGUUUCAAGACCCGCUACCCCAAUAGGGGGAUUAUCGCCAAUGGCAUUAUAUACAGUGAUUCCAGAAGCUAGCGGUCUACAAAACGAUUACUUCUCACUACCAUCCCUUCCGAGCCCCGGAGACGGAGGGGCUGUCUAUGAGGCGGACGGGCAUGACCUUUUCCAAUUUACAGUGAAGGAUACAGACACAAGCUCAGAGGAAAGUGUGCUGAAUGAGCAGAAGCGGAGACACUCUGAGUUGUUAUCAGGCUCAGAUAGCGCGGAUUCAAUUGUACGCAAACGAAGUGACGAAGAUAGUCAAAAGUCACGAUGCAGUCGCUCGAAAUGA